AUGGACUCAGAUUCUUCCCAGAACUCUCUUGGGCAGGACCUAGACCAGAUUGGGAGAUUAAACAUCUCAAUGCCCAACAUGAACUUGUCGCAGUAUCUCAACAGGCCAAGCUUCAACUUACCUAACUUGCCACAUAUAGAUCUCAAGAACUUACCACGAGUGAAGUCUUUCUCUGAAGACAUAUCCAAGUAUAUAUCACAGUACAUCACUUCGUACUCACUUUCGGAUGACACCAGUAUUACGUCGAUGAAGACGGCGAUCUCGUCACGGAUCCAGAUGAACAAUUUCUUGAACGAUUUGAACUUGGGGCUCUCUUUGCAGACGGCUAUCGAUAGGCUAGAACCGUUGACCAGUAUAAUCCACGAAGCGAUCGUAUUGCCUGUGGAGGAUGAUCACAGCUUUCUGGUUCAUUCCCAUGAGCAUCGGGGCCAUGACCACGAUGAUUUUCUCGGCGGAACUGAAGACGACACGGAGCCGGUCGGGGUAGACAAGAUCGUUCACAAGCACAACCAGCCGUUGGUAAAUGACAUCGUUAACCCAGAAAAGCCCUUGGCGACCAGAUCUACUCGACACCAUAAGAAGAAGCGGAAACACGCCGUCGCCAUUUUAUCGACGGAUGCAGACACUAACUCCACACAACCGGCCAGUGACUGGGAUCAUGUAGACGAAUUGACUUGCGAAGAGGUGAAGGCAUUGACAGAUUUGCAGUCUAGUGAGGACUUCCAAAGGGAAGAUCUACUCAGAUUGAAGAUUCAAAACAUUCAAAGCUUGACCAAUUUGAGCCAAAAGCUGAAAAAUAAGCUAGUCACAAGGUUGAUGAUGGGAAACUACUACAGGUAUAUCAACAAGGAAUUACCAGAGACCGUCAAACGAUUGCACAUAGAGCUGGAACCAAAGGCUCAGAGAGAUUGGCAGGCUGCAGCUGAGCAGCAGAUUCUGACUCAAGACCAGAACGAUCUUGACAUAGACAUGACUUCUUUGUCGAUGGCCGAAGAUUCGUCUGACACAUCCAUGAAGGACUUCGAUCUGAAAAAGGAUGAAAAUGAGGUCACCUUCACAGAAGAGGAUCUCACCCCAUCAUACCAUAAUAAAGCAUCCAAGAUUUUGGGGUGUAAUCACUAUCAGAGAAACUGUAAAUUAGAAUGUCCCACCUGUUUCAAAUGGUUCUCCUGUAGAUUCUGCCACGAUCAGCAAGUUUCCUCGCAUAAGCUCAUCAGAUCAGAAGUCAAGCACGUCCUUUGCAUGUCCUGUAUGACCCCACAAAACCCAUCUGAUAACUACUGUAUGGAAUGUGGCAUUGAGUUGGCUAACUAUUUUUGCAAAAAAUGUGUCCUUUACGACAACGACCCAACUAAAGAUAUUUAUCAUUGUGAAAAAUGUGGAAUUUGCAGACUAGGUUUGGGAUUAGGAAAGGACUAUUUCCAUUGUGAUAAGUGUAAUAUAUGUCUUUCCAUUGAUUUGAAGGAAAGGCAUAAGUGUAUUUCGAAUACUACUCAUUGUAAUUGUCCAAUAUGCAAUGAAUACUUGUUUACUUCCAUAAAUAAGGUAGUAUUUAUGAAGUGUGGUCAUCUGAUUCAUCAGCUUUGUUAUGACGAAUUGAUCAAACAUAGUUUCAAAUGUCCACUUUGUAAGAAGACUGUGGUUGAAGUAGAAACACAAUUUAGGAUAUUGGAUCAAGAAAUCUUGCAGCUGCCAUUGCCAUCACCGUAUAACAUGUGGAGAUGCAUAGUAAGCUGUAAUGAUUGUAAGGGAAAGUCCAACGUAUCAUAUCAUGUAUUAGGAUUGAAAUGCAAGUAUUGUAAGAGUUACAAUACGAAUCAAUUGAAAUUGAUUAAGCCAGAGGAGGAAGAAGAAGAGGAGGAUGAGGAAGUGGACCACCUAGGGGCAAGUGGGAUGCAUUCGUUAAGAGAAACAGAGAACUCAAUGAGGCUUAUCGGUACCAACCUUCAGAGCAACUUCAGGAUAGGUGAGCAGAAUUUAACCACCACUGUUCAGGGUGAGGAAGUGGAUGAAGACGAAUACAUUGAAGAAGAUGAUGAUGAGAGAGAUCUGGAUAAUGAAGAAGAUUUGGUGAAUUUCAGGGCGUUGAAAAGGUUAAGGGAUAGGCAGAGAAUAACGAGCAAUAGUAACAACAACCAAGGUAAAAACAAAAAUAAUGCUAAUGCUAAUGGUAAUGCUCAUGCUCAUAAUAAGAAUAAUAAUAAUAAUAAUAACAACAAAAACAAGAACAACAAUAAUUACAAUAUUAAUUUGGACGGCGUCCAUGAUGGUGAUGUAUCUAAUGUUUCAUAUAUUGCAUCAGUUUUACAAGGGUUCAUUAAUAGCGUACUGGAUGAGAAAUAA